UUGCCACUUUUCUUGCACUUCCUGUUGCCUCUCACAUGCCAGUCUUUGGAAAUACUGGUUCGAUGGAAACUUUACAGCAAUGUUAUCAUCCUUCUGUUGCUAUAAUGGGAAACAAGGUGGACAAGGACCCAGCAACAGAAGGUAUCAAUGAUGAAUGUUCCAAUAACUGUAAGGAGACUUUUGCUGCUACAAAGUCAACUGGUGAAGAUGAAACUCAAACAGCAACUGAAGACAAACUAAGGGAAAACACCUUACAACCUGUUGUCCACAAAGAAACUGAAUGUGAUAUUGAUGAUGACUUUGACUCAGGUGAAGAUGUCUUCUAUGAUGCUGAAGAAGCAGACAAGAGUCAACUGGCUUACGUUGACUCGAACGCUGAAGCUGAUGAGGAGGAAGAAGAAGAUGAAGAAGAAGAAGACGAAGAUGGUGAUGAUGAAGAUACCAGCAGCAGUUCACAUGAACUCUUAGCUGAAACAUUACGUUCAAUUCGUGAACGUAAAUUGUUAAAGACUAAACAGAUUGAAAUAAAAAAUCUCAAUUUGUUGAAUACGUCAUGGGUAGAUGGAUCAACCCAAACUGAUGCAAGUCUAGAGACUAGCCAACAUUCUGCUGAUUGUGUUCCUGUUGAAGUAUUAGCCAAUUUGAUAGCUCAAGUCGAAGAAUUGUUGUCACAUAUCUCUGAUGGUGGCCAGGAUUACCAGUCGGCGCUCUCAUUAACUUUACGUCUACAGUUACAGAAUAUGGCUUCUCCUGCCUUGUUAACGAAUGCUGAUUCAUCAAAUAGUUUAAAGCGGCUAAGACGGAAAUCUGAAGAAAUGGAACAAGCAAAAUCUUUUGACACAGAAGGCAGCAUGGAAUCAUAUGACAUCACGUGGGAUGUUGGAAAUUCUGAAUGGGACCCCAUCAAGAAACAACAUACACUCCUGUCACCUAUGACUGCUGAGUCAUCUGAAUAUUCCUUCCUUAAUGAUGACAAUAGUCUAUCUCAGAUAAUCAAUCUCAGAAAGAAUCUCGACAUUAAACGAUGGUAUUGUAUGUCUCGACCCCAGUAUCCUUCAUCAGCAGGGAUUUCAGCACUAGUAUCCUGUUGGAAUUACCUAUACAGUACCCUUGGUCAAGGAAAACGUGAUCCAGUAAGUCAAGAGGUUUACAUUAACACUUUGUCGUUCAUGCACACUGACAUGCUUCAUUCCUCUUUAGUCUUUGCAUGUCCUCUGCAUUCACAAUCCAUGUCUCACCAGCAUGCAGCAUUGCUAUCAUUUCAAAAACUAAAUGAACAUUUUGAGGUUGCGGGUCGUGGCUGUGUGUUCUUAAAACUGCAAGGUACUGAUGCAACAAACUUAAAAGAAGAUUAUGCUCUUGCUUUACUCAAGAAAGGACUGAAAAGUAAGCAGACAGCCUAUAUUUACCACUGUGAGAAACAUUUCUUGUGUCCAAUUGGUUAUGAAAAUACUCCAUUGAGAGCUACUGAUGCAUAUUCAUCUGAUUUAUGUUCUGGUGACCUAGAGACAUGGAUUAUUUUGGGAGACACCAGCAGCAAAUACCCCAGUUUACAGUGUAAGAGGUGGGACCACAUUCUAACAGAUCUCAACUGUAAAGCCCCAGACUUUCUUGAUAUUCGCAGACUGGAACGAGGGAUUCGUCAAAGAAAAAAUCUACAGAAGCUUUUUGAUAGCAACGACCAUUGUAUUCUAACAUUCCAGAAGUGCCAAAAUGACCAGGAAAUGGUAGCUGAAGAUGCAGAUGAUGAUGAUGACGAUGAUGAUGAUGGAGAUGAAGAAGAAUAUGAUGAAUCUCCACCACAAGAGAUCAUUGGUUUAAGUGAUGAUGAUGAGGAAGAUGAGGAAGAUGAUGAACAGUGCCUAUUAACUACUACAAGACCUCCAAAAGAAAGUCAAGAUGUUGACCGUUUAGAAAAAGAAGAAGAGGAGUUAUUAGAAGGAGACAUGGAUGCAGAUGAAGAUUAUGAUAACAUUCUCUGAAGCCAAUUCUCAAUAAGUGACUGUAAAUGCACCGUUCAACCGUCAGUGACUUCCAGUGAUUGGAAUAAACUCCAUCCUAAUUUGUAUGCAAGAACACCAAUAAGUAAAUGGUUCUUCUUGUAUUCUUGUUGCAAGGAUAAUAUUGUUUACAAUAUUUUCUUUUUGAAUUUUAGUUUGUAUCAAAGCUUUUAUUCCCCCAGCAAUUAUUAUUUUUAAAAGAAAAUUAAAGGAGAGAUUAUACUAAUUUCUCAGCAAAAAUUAAUUUUAAAAAAAAGAGAAAAUUUAUAAAAUGUAUUUUAUCUUUAUCUUAGUGAAAAAAGAAACAUUCUAAAUUCAUAUUAAUUAAAAUUUUUUUAUUAAUUCUAAAAUAUUUAGUUUAUUAAUCUGUUUUUAUUGCCUAAAUAAUUCUCUGAUAUGAAGAUAUCUUAUUUCUAAACAGUUUCAUUACAUUUAUUUUAUGUAUUUUCUGAAAUACUGUAAUUUUCAUUGAUAUACAUUAAGAAAUUAAUGAUAACUUUUCUUCACUAAAAUUCCCUGAUAUAUUUUUCCCUGCAGUUAAUUUAACUUUAAAAUGGAAGUUGCAAGAAUUUUUUUAAAAAAAGGCCAAAUAAAGAAUUCUAAUUGCAUCAAAGAAAACAUCAUAUAGAAAUGAUGUUUUUGCAAUGUCCUGUUAAAAUAUUACAUAUCGAAAUUCCAAAAAUGUCUUUGCACUAGAAUAAUUCUACAUUUCCACCCUAUUAACUUCACUUUGUUUCUGCAUUCUACAAUAAGUUUUUUUAUCGGUCUAUUCUUUCUCACACGCAAACACACACACACAGUUGUCCAAUAAGUUUUCAUGUCAGGGAAAAAUAGAACAAGCACUCAUAUAGUAGGUUAUAGCAUGGGUGUAUU